GUCGGGAGGCCCGCGCGCCCCGCAGGCUGAGGGGAAGCGUCGUCCGCCCGGCCCCCGCCGCUGAGUGGGGCGUCUAUUUGGAGUCAUCUCCGGUCCGGUAGGGAGACGAGACGUCCGUCCGGCUAGUGGUAAUCACGAGGUGAUUUGGGACAGAGUUGUCUGCUGGUUCUCAGCUUGAAGAAGAAGCCACAGUCCUUAGUGAUCCUCUUUCUUGGCGUUACCAUUUCUGAAGCGAAGCGUGCCUAGCUUUCUAGCGUGAGCUUUCUCUUGGGCCGUCUUUAGAGUUCCGACCCCCUAAAAAGUAGCCAAGAAAGAUCUAGCCCGGCAAUGUCCAAGUCAUUCCCGCAGUCAUCUCUGAGUAGGGACUCCCAAGGUCACGGGCGGGACCUGUCGCCAGGAAUAGGCCUUCUUGCGGCCGCCACCCAGUCUUUAAGUAUGCCAGCAUCUCUUGGAAGGAUGAACCAGGGCACCGCCCGCCUUGCUAGCUUAAUGAAUCUUGGAAUGAGCUCUUCAUUGAAUCAACAAGGAUCUCAUAGCGCCCUGUCUUCUGCUAGCACUUCUUCCCAUAAUUUGCAGUCCAUAUUUAACAUCGGAAGCAGGGGGCCGCUCCCCCUGUCUUCCCAGCACCGCGGCGACACGGACCAGGCCAGUAACAUCCUGGCCAGCUUCGGUCUGUCGGCCCGAGACUUAGACGAACUGAGUCGCUACCCGGAGGACAAGAUCACCCCCGAGAACUUGCCCCAGAUCCUCCUGCAGCUUAAGAGGAGGCGAAGCGAAGAAGGCUCUUCGUUGAGUUAUGGUAGAGAUGGCAGAUCGGCCCCCCGGGAGCCUCCGUACCGAGUCCCUAGGGAGGAGUGGGAAGAGAAAAGGCACUUUAGAAGAGAUAGCUUUGAUGAGCGGGGCCCUAGCCUCAACCCCGUCCUUGACUAUGACCACGGAAGUCGUUCUCAAGAGUCUGGUUAUUAUGACCGAAUGGACUACGAAGACGACAGACUGAGAGACGGAGAGAGGUGUAGGGAGGACUCUUUCUAUGGCGAGAGCUCGCAUAACUAUCAUAAGUUUGACAGUGAGUACGAGCAGGUGGGCCGCGGCCCCGGCCCUCUGCAGGAGAGAUCUCUCUUUGAGAAAAAGCGGGGCGCCCCUCCGAGUAGCAAUGUCGAAGACUUCCACGGAUUCUUACCGAAAGGGUACCCCCAUCUGUGCUCUAUAUGCGAUAUGCCCGUUCAUUCUAAUAAGGAGUGGAAUCAGCAUAUCAAUGGAGCAACUCACAGCCGCCGGUGUCAGCUACUUCUGGAAAUCUACCCAGAAUGGAAUCCUGACAGUGAUUCUGGUCAUGGAAUGGGCGACCCUUUUAUGCUGCAGCAGUCCACCAACCCGGCCCCCGGAAUCCUCGGCCCUCCCCCUCCUUCGUUCCACCUUGGGGGCCCACCGGUCGGCCCGAGAGGAAACAUAGGUUCCGGAAAUGGGAACAUGCAAGGCCCAAGACACAUGCAGAAAGGCAGAAUGGAGACCAGCCGGGUCGUUCACAUUAUGGAUUUCCAGCGUGGGAAGAACCUGAGAUACCAGCUGUUGCAAUUGGUGGAGCCAUUCGGGGUGAUCUCGAAUCACCUGAUCCUCAAUAAAAUUAACGAGGCCUUCAUCGAAAUGUCCACGACGGAGGAUGCCCAGGCCGCGGUCGACUACUAUACCACGUCCCCAGCGCUGGUCUUCGGCAAGCCGGUCAGGGUCCACUUAUCCCAGAAGUACAAGAGGAUAAAGAAACCCGAAGGAGGGAAGUCCGAACAGAAAUUCGAACCGAAGCCGGAGCUCGGGCGGGUGAUACAUCUGAGCAACUUACCCCACUCGGGGUAUUCCGACAGCGCGGUCAUCAAACUCGCCGAGCCCUAUGGGAAGAUAAAGAAUUACAUAUUAAUGAGGAUGAAGAGUCAGGCUUUCAUAGAGAUGGAGACCAGAGAAGAUGCCAUGAGCAUGGUCGACCACUGCUUGAAGAAGGCCCUCUGGUUCCAGGGCAGGUGCGUCAAGGUGGACCUGUCGGAGAAGUACAAAAAGCUGGUCCUCCGGAUCCCCAACAAAGGAAUCGAGCUGUUGAAGAAAGAUAAAUCCCGAAAGCGAUCUUACUCCCCGGACACCAAAGACUGCCCGAGCGAGAAGAAGUCCAAGUCGGACAGCUCUCAGAAAGCCGACAGCGGCGGGGACGGCAAGGAGCCGGAGGGGAAGCCGAGCGAGGCGGCGGAGAAGGCCCCGAAGGACGGGGAGCGGGCGGAGACGGAGCCCCACCUCCUGCUCGAGUCCGAAGACGAGCUGCUCGUGGACGAGGAGGAGGCGGCCGCGCUGCUGGAGAGCGGCAGCUCGCUGGGCGACGAGGCGGACCUGGCCCCCCUGGGGGACGUGACCUCCGAGGCCAAGAAGGACUCCUCGGACAAAGCGGCCAAGAAGAGCGAGCCCAGCACCGGGACCGCCACCACAGCCAAGAAGAAGGGCAAAAAGACGCGCGUCUCAAAAAACUUUGAAGCGUUGAGUGCUUUGAAGGCAAUGCGCCGUUUCCCCGGGAACAUGGAAGGCUUCGUCACCCUGGACGAGGUGGGGGACGAGGAAGACUCGGAGCAUCCCAAGGUCCGGAAGCCGGGCGGGACCGGGAAGUCGGGCGACCGGACCGAAGACGGUCUGGCCGAAAUCAAGGUGGAUAAGAUGGAAGAACACGAGCAGGAGAACGAGGCCACCCUGGAGAACGGGUUGAAGAACGAGGACGCCCCGGAGCCCGGGGCCGCCGAGUCCUCCGAGGCCCCCGAGGCGCAGGACCCCAACAAAGACGCGGGCGAGAGCGCCAACGGCCAGAGCGAGCGCGAAACGAAAAGCAGCUUCCGAGAAGAGACCGUGGUCCCCGAUGAGUAUAGGAUCGGGCCCUACCAGCCCAAUGUUCCAGUGGGCGUAGAUUACGUGAUACCCAAAACAGGGUUUUACUGCAAACUCUGUUCUCUGUUCUACACAAAUGAAGAGGUGGCGAAAAAUACUCACUGCAGCAGUCUGCCUCAUUAUCAGAAACUAAAGAAAAUUCUGAAUAAAUUGGCAGACGACCGCAGGCAAAAGAAAGAAGCUUAAGCCGCGCAAGGCGGGCGGGAAGAGACGACGCGGUUCUUUGUUUUUAACGUUAACCUUUUUUAAACGCAGUACAGGUAGCUAGUAGGUGGAUAAAAUGUACUCUGGUUUUUUUUUGUUUCGUUUUAGUGAAAAAGCAAGUAAAAGUAGAAAUCUGUUCAUGUGUUACGUGUCCUAGCCAAAGCGCUUAUCGAGUUAACACGAGAGCGACUUCUUUUUGUCGGGAGAAGGGCGGGCGGGCCCGGCUCACGCCCGAGUCUCGGAACGACUGCGAGGAGAGGACUGAUGUGCGAACCAAACGUGCGCCACCCAACAUGCUAUUGACUGGUUUCGAGCUUCGGAAAUCUGUCGUCAGGUUUUUCGGUUCCGUUCUUCAAUAAAAGCCAAAACGAAUUGCACCGUAUUUUUAUUUCAUCGGAAACAUUCCAUACUUAAUAAUCUGAGCCUUAGCAGUUUGCUGUUUUUGUUUUGUUUCAUUUGGAGUGUGAAGCCGGUUUAGUUGCAUUUCACUUUUGGAGAAGUUAAGGAUUUAAAUUGAGGCUCCUUAAGUUAAGGAGAAGUCGGCAAUUGAAGGAGAAAGAGAAGAAGAAAGGCGGGGGGAAGGCCACCCCAGGUAUAGAUUCUUUUCACGUCAUCGCUAUCCUUUAGACACUUGGAAGAAUCUUAAGUCGUUGGUUUUGAAUUUCCUGGUUUUUUUUUUCCCCCCCCGAGCUCCUGCUAGAUUUUUCUUUCCUUAGUGAGUAGUCGGUGUCUCUGCAGUGAAAAGUACAAAAUUUGCCCAUACUUCUCUUUGGCCAGUAUUAAUUUCUUGAGCUCUUACCGCUUGUUACUUGAAUCCUCUAGCUGUCGAACACCUCCCGGUAUAAGCAAACCCUUGAUUUCUCUUUUCCCUCUCUCAAUUUUUCCGGACGUGUAGACCGUCUCUCUUCAUCUCCUGAGGAUGAAAAUUUGCUCUCCGGCAGUGGAGAACCGGAUCGGUCCAAACACCGGAACCCCGACUCCUAAUUAAUGUUCCACUUGCACAUGUGACCUUUGUGAACAGAUAUCUGCAUGUGUAAUCUGUGUUGACCUGUAAUUUUCCAAUUAUAUACUGCUUAUAUCUGUGGAUUCAAGUUACCGAAGUGAUUACCAAUAAACGAAUCUAGGCAACG